GAGAGAAGCUGUGAUGCUCUGGAGUGACGCGAGAAGGGGUUAGAGUUGUGAAACCACAAUCUUCCAGCCUCUCCUCGUUCGACCUCACUGGCUCUGAAAGCAGUUUACGCGCGGUACAGAAUCCACAGGGCAGCGAGGACAUCGAGAGGGGAGUUCUGCACUGUAGUUCCUUACGCAGCACUCACUGCACUUUUCAUCCUGACAGUAAUGCCAUGCAAGAAAUGUUAAGGUGUAAAGACAGAGACUGCAACGCUGGGUUGAAUUUGGUGUCAUGGUUUGUUUAGCCUGUGAAGUUUUGGAUUCUGGAGUAUUUUCAAGUCCAUUAGAUAUAAAACGGGAAUUCAGGUGUGCUGUCCGUGGGGGCUUGAAUUGAGGAGAUGUCGGCUCAGGGGCUGUUGAACAGCGUUUUCUCCUGUUCGUCUCCAGCAUCGAAAGCUAUCUCCAAAAGGAGGUUAAGGCAGACACGGAGCCUGGAUCCAGCCAUCAUAAGAAACUAUGGGACAGACACAGAAGGAACAAAGGAUGAUUUUGAAAACAUGGGCAUGUCUUGUCUUGGCUCGAGGGAAGCCGGUAGCUGCACAAGCAACUUGUCUCCUCAGAUCUCGGCGGAAAAUCUGACCGCUUCAAAGCUAGAUUUGCGCUUCAAGUCGCUGAAGGUGAAGCCACCUCUUUCCGUCUCCAGUCCAUGCACUCCUCUAGAAACCUCUCCAUCCUCCAAUUUUCAGUUUGACUAUGACAUAAAGGGUGUGAAAAGGAAUACGGCAUGGGAUCUACCUUUCCUCGCAAGAAGCCCUGCGCUCAGCCCAUCGGGGAGCAGCAGUACCAUCUUCUCUCCCCGAAAGUGGCUUCAGAAAAAGCUGCAACAGUCCAGUUCCCAGUCCUACAUCGUGUGGAAGUCGGAGGGUGACUUCACCUGGAACAGCAUGUCUGGACGAAGCGUGAGACUAAAGCCAGUGCCCAUUCAGAGUCUCUCCGAGCUCGAGAGAGUGCGACUGCAGGAGGUGGCCUUUAAUCGACUGCUGCAGGACUAUGAUCUGGGCUGCCAGAUAACUAUCCCCAAAGAUGGACAAAAGCGUAAGAAAUCCUUGAGGAGAAAGCUGGAUUCAUUGGCCAAAGAGAAGAACAAAGAUAAAGAAUUUGUGCCUCAGGCCUUCGGCAUGCCGCUCUCCCAGGUCAUAGCAAACGACAGGACCCAUAAACAGAGGCAGGAUUCCCAGAGAGAGGAGCACAGAGACUCCCCUGACCUCGUCUCCUCCAUCCUCCAGUUUGGAGCCAAACGAGCAAACAAAGAACUCUCCAGCAGUAACUCAUCUCUAAGCUCAACGUCAGAAACUCCCAAUGAGUCCACAUCACCCAACACACCUGAGGCAGCUCCUAGGGCACGCAGACGGGGAGGAAUGUCUGUGGAUUCCAUCACCGACCUGGAUGACAAUCAGUCUCGACUCUUGGAGGCCCUGCAGCUCUCUCUGCCGGCAGAGACACCGAGCAAAAAAGAGAAGCAGCGAGACAAAAAGCUGAGCUUGAACCCCAUUUACAGACAGGUUCCCCGACUGGUGGACAGCUGCUGUCAACAUCUGGAGAAAUACGGUCUUCAGACAGUUGGAAUUUUCCGUGUAGGAAGUUCAAAGAAAAGAGUGAGGCAGCUAAGAGAUGAGUUUGAUCGUGGUGUGGAUGUCCAGUUGGAUGAGGAGCACAGUGUUCACGACAUUGCAGCCUUGCUGAAAGAAUUCCUUCGAGACAUUCCUGAUCCUCUGCUUACUAAAGAGCUGUACACUGCUUUCAUCAACACAAUGUUGAUGGAAUCCAAUGAGCAGCAAAGCGCACUACAGCUUCUCGUUUACCUUCUACCUCCCUGUAACUGUGACACUCUUCACAGACUCCUGGAGUUCCUGUCCACAGUUGCUGCCCACGCUGAGGACAUGUUUGAUAAGAACGGCCAAGAGAUCACUGGGAACAAAAUGACGUCGCUCAACUUGGCCACAAUAUUUGGCCCCAACCUGCUGCACAAGCAGAAGAACUCAGACAAAGAGUUCUCUGUACAAAGCUCAGCACGGGCCGAGGAGAGCACGGCCAUCAUCGCCGUCGUCCAGAGGAUGAUCGCCACAUAUGAAGCCCUUUUCAUGGUCCCUCCUGAUCUCCAGAAUGAGGUUCUCAUGAGUUUAUUGGAAACGGACCCUGAUGUUGUUGACUAUCUACUGCGCAGAAAAGCUUCACAGUCAUCGAGCCCAGAACUGAUGAGAUCAGGUGCCGCGUUCUCCCUGGCUGAAAGGCACUCCUCCACGGACUCGAAUAAAAUCUCGAGCGGGGAGGUGUCCCCCUAUGACAACAACUCUCCAGUGCUGUCGGAGCGGCUCCUCUUUCAGCCGCACGAAGACGUCAGCCCCGGCUCAGAGAAGCUGUUCCGAGUGCCCGAGCAGUACACGCUAGUCGGGCACCUGAAGAGCAAGUCCAGGGAGCUGGCCCUGGGGCAGUGGGCUGGAAAAGAUAUUUCAGAUGAACACAAUAAUAUUUGGGGAGCCUGGCAUUCAACACUGAGGUCAGGUUUGAGGCAACCAGGCCUUUCAGGUUCUCAUGGAAACGUAUGCGAGUUUGGAUCGGUACAAGAAGGAUGCUGCUACUCCUCAGGCAGACUGACGCUGGAGGGGCUGGAGAACCAGAUUGUGGACAAUGGGAAGCAGCCAGUGAGACGGACACAAACCACAGCUGGGGUCCCGGAGUGCAGACCUCACCCUCCCGUUACGAGGGCCAGCAGCAGCUCACAGGCUGAAGGAGGCAAGAAGCACAUCCAGCCGAACCCGGAGGGGCACUCGGCUUCGAGCAGCACGGAGGACAUCCCGCAGAGAAACUUACAUCCCGCCAGCCUGCAGUACAAGCCGAAAUCAAUGUACGCUCGGAUUGGGGACCUCAACAGAAACGAGGGUAGACCUCCUCCGCCGUACCCUGGGCAUUCUAGGCAAACCCUGACUGGCACCCCGCCUCUCCAACCACAGCAGUCUCCGGGGCCGCCAGCGCACGUGGCGGAGAGUCGGCUCAGGACCGAGCCCGCGGCGCCCAGGGGCACUUCCGCAAGCCUGUCCGGAAUGAACUCGGAGCGGCUGAGCCGUGCCCCCAGGCCCGACCCCCUGAAAGCUGGCUCAGGUUCCAGUGAGAGCCAGAACGAUAAGAACAUGUCAGGGCAGGACUGGCAGGACUGGCAGAGAGAAAGGUGGCAGAUUUGGCAGCUUCUAUCGUCUGACACCACAGACACGCUGCCGGAAACUCUUGUCUGAACCACAGCGAUGUGUGUACAGUAUAUACAGUACGUGUCUAUGUGUCUGAGCAGUUAUCAUAUUGUCUCUAUGGUCAUUUUUAUUUUAAAUGUAACUUUUUCUACUCUUUUUUUGUUUUUACUUGUUGUCAUACAGUAUGAUUUUUCGGCUCUAGUUUAUUUUUGGGUUAAUUAUCUUAGAUAUACCUCACAAGAGAUGAGCAAAAUCCAUUACCGUCCUUAAAUACAGACAUAUAAAAUAUGUCAUGUUUUUAGCAAGUGAAUUCUGCCAAAACUGCUAAGAGAAACUUUGAAUUCUGCCAAAGGCUACUUAAUAUACCUGUGUGUGUAUAUUUCUGAGUACUGAGUAUUUAAAAGUAAUUUGUCUUAUCGCCAGAGUCCCGAGUGCCUUAAUAAGUUAUACGUGACCUGUCACAGUGCUCUGUUUUGAACAGUUCUUCAUAAAACAGCCAUCUUGCCAAUGAAAAGGCCAUACUGUAGCUUUCAGACAAAGGACCUUACAGUAAAUGUACAGUCCUGCAGUCACAGAAAAAAUUGUUCUUACCCUGUGUUGAACAUAGUGUGUGCUAACAUGUUCUUUUUGAAACAGGAUUUUUUCAAUUAUAUUUUGGGGAAAACUCCUACAAUUUUUGUCUUUAAGGGCAAAGGGGUGGUAACAUUUGUCCUCCUCUACCUGUGGUAUUUUCCAGUAAUUUCUCUAAAUUCCUUGGGGAAAAAAUAACAUUGGAAACUGUCUUUUGAAGAAUUUUAACUACAGCUGUAGUAAGCAAUACGUGCAAGAGAAAGCUGCCUGAAAGCUGGCAUGUAAUUAAUGGCCUUAAUCUGUGUUCAUGGGAUUUCAUAAAAAAAGAAAAUACAAAAUGGGCAGUUCUUAACAUAUAUAUUCAAAAAAUGUAUACAAAUAUUUUUUUUUAAUUAGGAAAACAUUUCUCUUUGAUUUUGAUCUCAAUGCCUUGGUAUAUUCGAAAAACAGUGUAAAUGAUAAUUGAGGACAAACCAAGACUUUAAGAAAUUUAAGAAAGUGGACUGUGCGAGUGGCUGCUUCUUUUUCCUAGUGUCUAUAUUUGUUUGUAGGAUGACAAAUUAUAAAUCUAUAUUUUUUUCUUUUAAAUGUAAAAAAAUUGCCUACCUUUUGCUAUCUGUUUUGGUGUGGCAGGGAAGUCUGGUUGGUGUUCAUGGUUUGUUAUGGGUUAAUAAGCGAAAUCCAUAGAAUAUGAAUGUAUUUACACUGUCUUUGAUCCUUAUUAAUAUUUUAGUAUUUUAUGGCUGCUCUGUUUUGUCCAGCAUUGGUUUUCUGGAUCCAAAAACUAAACACAUUUAGAAAUUUUGAGACAAUUUAGAAAAAAAUAUUUUGUGUAUAGAUGUGAUGAAGCUAUACUUUUGAUCUACAAUAUAUUUUGUAGUCAUUUCACAAUAUCGAAACAUGUCUUAAGUCAAAUGUUAUAUACAGUACAGUAUCUAUAAAUGUCUAAAGGUACUUUGAAAUAUUUUGAACAUUCUGAAAAUAACUGAACUGAUUCAAAGUAUUUUCGGAGUGGCAACGAUCUCCUUUAUUAAAAAAAGAUCUCUCAAAAUUACCAAGCUUUUUGCAAAGAUGAAAAUGGGAAGAUCCAAGGAGGCCAUUUGUGUUAUGUGUAUCUUGUAAAUGUAAGCUAUGGGAAAAUGUACAAAUGGCUCUUAUGUAGUAAUGGCUGUAUUUAUAAGCAUUUUAUUUUCAAAGUGUAUAUUAUGUAAUAGUUUUGAUUAUUAAUUCUGUAUUAUUUUGCCUAAAACAAGAACAAUGUUGACUAUUUCAAUUAUGUUGCACUUAUUUUAUUGUCUUGGUAAUAGUGCACAAGCUGGUUUCUGUGCUUCGAUAUAUUUGUGAGUAUCAUAAAGUUCGUUUAAUUCUGA